AGAUAUAUAAAUAUAUAUAGAUAUAUUAUUACUGAAAUGAAAAUAAAUAUAUAUAAAAAAAUUCAAAAAAAACGAAUUUUUAUUUCUCAAAAUUUUAUUUAAAAUCUAAAAAUUAUCUUUGAAACUAUUUUUAAAUUAUUAAUUGUAAUUUUUUUUAAAUUAUAAACUCCACCCCUCAAAUCUAUAUUCUAUAUCUUAAUUAGUUAACCAUAUGAAUAUAAGUGUAUUUAAUCUAUUUAAUGAAACAUAUUUUGGUAAUUUUAAUCCUUGUAUGCUUUAUUUGUGAUAAAAAAAAAUUAGUGCUAUAUUAGGGAAUUUCUCUUUAAUUAUUUGGGAUUUAAUAUUUUCGAUAUUAAAAAAAAUAUAAACUUAAAAUAUAUACAUAUUCAUUUGAAUUUAGUAAAUACUAUUGUAAAUAAUUUUAAUACAAACUUAAGAUUUGUUUAAGUUUUUAUUAAAUUUACAUAAUAUCAGGAAUACUGAAUAAAUGUUGAAAUUAAAACUAUCUUGAAUUUGUUUUUGAAAAUAAUGAUGUUUGUCUGUUUAAUUAUUUUAAAUUAUGAAGCUUGUGUACCAAAUAUGGAAGAAAAUAUUGAUAUUCAUUAUAUGCUGAUAAAGUAAAUUACUUAAGAAACAUAAACCAUUAUACAAGAACUACGUCGAACAAAACAUUAAAAAAAAGUGUUAUAAAUUUACACAAUGUAAAACACCAGAUUGUAAUACUAUGUUUAACUAUUAUCUCAUAUAAACAAAACAUACAAACUUUAGGUCAUAUAUGAAAUUUCAUUAACAAAAAGAUUUAAUGGAAUAUAUAAUGGUGAUUAUAUUUUCAGAAGUAUAUUAUCAUAUAUGUAUAUAAUCAUUUUAUAGAAUCACCAUUAUAUUUUUUGGUCAGCAGAAUCGCCACUAUAUAUACCACAAAAAGUAAAAUUUAUAAGAAAACGUCAAUCACGCACCGGAAUGUAUAUCCAUCCUAAAGAAUAACAUUAAAAUGUUGACACAGAAAAUCUAGAUUGGAUAUCAUCUACCUUCUAGACUAACUAUCGAAUCUAUGUAAAUGACAACAAAUCAACUUUUUAUUGUAUCCAUAUAUUAUCAUAUAAAUAGAGACAUUUUUGGAAAACUAAAUAAGAAAUUCAGGAUUUUUAUUUGACUUAUAAUUUAGAGUAGAUAUUUUUCCUUUCAUAUUUUAAACUAAAUUUUCUUAUGAAUCUUUUUUAGCUUUUUUUUUUUUAAUGGAGGCUUUAUAAAAGGAUGCAUAAGCAACCCAUGUAAAAUACUAUCUAUCUUUCAAAAUGUCUUCAAACCCAAACAGAUUCAGCUCUUAUGGGGAUGAUACUACAAACUAUCAUGGUUUUGCUCCCAACUUCAGGAAUCAUAAUUCCAAAACAACUCGAUCGAUGGUCACUACCUCUGAUCACAUGAACCAUAGAGGUUUAUUCUCUUCUUCUCCCUCUUUUUCUUGCUACCAAAAUUCACAUGUCUCUUCAUCUUCUUUUGGAUUGAACAAUUCAUAUAUGAAUUAUCAUAUGAGGAGUGAAAGUGAUUCUGUUCUUGGUGCUAAUUGUUUUCCUAUUACAAAUAAUCCUCAAUAUUCUCAAGUCUCUUUCACCCAAACAAUUACAAAUAGGUUUUCUGCAAUUGUUCCUAGCAAUCAAAUUUACAAUAUCCAAAAUGAUAUUGCACGUGUCCAACAUGACAUGGAUUUUAAAACCAAUAUGUGGAAUCGUCCUACAUCUUAUCGUCCAACCUUUCUUGAUAAAAACUGUGGGAUCUUGAACCCUAAACCUGUUUAUGCCAUUCCUCACCAAGACUCUCCUUAUCGUCAGCAUCUGGACAUGUUUUCUUCGUCAUCAAAGUACAACCAUGACCUACAUGUUCUCCAAGAAGGUCAGUCGUCAAGGAAAAGCCCUAAACCAAACAAAUCUCAUGAUAAUUACAAUUCUGAUGAAGACGGUAUAAGUGAAGAUGUUCAAUAUGAUGGUCGGACACAUAGUUUGCCAUAUGAGAAAUAUGGUCCAUAUACAUGUCCCAAGUGCAAAGGUGUGUUUAACACUUCACAGAAAUUUGCUGCACAUAUGUCAUCGCAUUACAAGAAUGAGACGAAAAAAGAAAGAGAUGAGAGGUAUCGUGCAAGGAUUAAAAAAAAAUAUCACAAACUAAGCAACAAUAUACAUGGUGGAUCUAAGAAGAUCAAACUGGAGACGAUGGAGUAAGUGACAGCGAAGCUUUCAUACCAUUGUGAUGGUAAAGAAAGAGCCUGCUUAGGAGUUCUUUUGUUUAGUGGCUUCCCAACUUAUUUAAUUUAUCUAAAUAAAAUGCAUGUUUCUCCUUUUUAGCCUUUCAUUAUCUAUGCUGUGAAUAUGGUUGAAUGUACGGUACUUGGGCGGAUAAUUGUUAUCUUCUCUCAUUAAAAUAUGACUCAACUGUAUUUUAUAGUACUUUGUUCUUUUA